GCAGAGCAGUGUUUCCCACUCACCGCCAACCAUAGCUGUUGGGACUGGGUGAGGAGGAGAGAACAAGAGAGUGAAGAAGAGGAGCAACCGAACUACAGAAAGAGAAGGAAAGUGCUGAGACAGAAGUAGGACAAGUAGUAUUUGAAGAGAUUUUGGCUUACCUUGAUGUUUCCGCUGGAUCGUUGGCCCUUCCUGUGAGCUCUCGUGUGCCUUCUUUUUCGUCAAGCCUCCUCACACCUUCCCACGUUGAGCCUGCAAGGCAGGGGAGCCACAAGUGACUUUUCAUGGCAGCGGCACUCUAGGGCUGCCAUGGCAGCUGCUGCCGCCGAUGCCUCACACCGUAUUACCGCACUGACGCCGGAGGAAGAGGGACGACGGACUGCCGCCAAGCUGUUUGGGAGCGCCGCCCCGCUGCCACGGACAGAGAGAGAGAGAGAGCGAGAGAGGGGGAAAGAGAGAGAGAGGGAGAGGGAAGAGGAAGGAGAAGAGGUAGGGAAAGCGAGUGGGAACGAGUGUUUGGUGUGCGGGGCCCUGUUCGCCUCACAGGAGAAACUCCGGCUCCACGCCUUGAGUCAUACAGGAGAGAAACCCUUCCACUGCUCACAGCCGCACUGUCCUAAGGCCUUCAGCUCCAAAUACAAACUCUUCAGGCAUAUGGCCACACACUCUCCACAGAAGACCCAUCAGUGCUCGUAUUGUGAGAAAAUGUUCCACCGCAAAGACCACCUGAAGAACCACCUGCAGACGCAUGACCCCAACAAAGAGGCCUUCAAGUGCGAGGAGUGUGGGAAGCACUACAACACCAAGCUGGGAUACAAGCGCCAUGUGGCCAUGCACUCUGCUACGGCAGGAGAUCUCACCUGUAAAGUGUGCAUGCAGAGCUACGAGAGCACGCCCGUGCUCUUGGAGCACCUAAAGAGCCACUCCGGGAAGUCUUCAGGUGGCGCCAAGGAGAAAAAACACCCAUGCGACCACUGUGAUCGUCGUUUCUACACGCGGAAGGAUGUGAGACGGCACAUGGUGGUCCACACGGGUCGAAAGGACUUCCUAUGCCAGUAUUGUGCCCAGCGCUUCGGCAGGAAGGACCACCUGACCCGCCACGUGAAGAAGAGCCACUCGCAGGAGCUGCUGAAGAUCAAGACGGAGCCUCCUGACAUGUUAGGUCUUUUAGCCUCUGGGUCACCACCAUGCUCUGUGAAGGAGGAGCUCAGCCCCAUGAUGUGCGGCAUGGGUCCCAAUAAAGACCCCAUGACGGGCAAACCGUUCCCCAGUGGUGCCCCUUUUCCAAUGGGCAUGUACAACCCCCACCAUCUCCAGGCCAUGUCUAAUUCUGGGGUGGGUCACCCACACCCAUCCCUGAUGCCCAGCCCCCUGUCUGCAGCUAUGGGCAUGGGCUGUCACAUGGAGUCGCCUGGACCUCUUCACCCACACUCCCACCACCACCACCAUCAUCACCACCAUCACCACCACCACCAUUCCCCUCCGCUGCCCCCACACCACCAGCCUCCGGCUCCCCAGCAGCAGCACCAGCCCCAGCCAGCCCCCAAAUACCAGCUGGGAUCUACCUCAUACCUGCUGGACAAGCCCUUGAAAGUGGAGAUGGAGAGCUUCCUCAUGGAUCUGCAGAGUGGCUCGCCAGGCCCGGUUCCCUCUGUAGAGCCGCAUGCUGCUGCCUCACCCCCCAAGGACGGACUGGAGCCCACCUCGGGCCUCGUGGACGAGCUUUGCGGGGAUCACCUCCUGUCCAAGAGCCCUGCGGUGAUCGCUGAGUCUCUGUGUGCUGCUAACAUGGACUUCUCCCACCUGCUGGGCUUCCUGCCCCUCAACCUGCCUCCCUACAGCGCCCCCAUGAGCACGGGAGGCCUGGUGAUGGGCUACACCUCAUCCGCGACCCCCUCCUCUUCUUCCUCCUCAUCUUCCUCAUCUCUGCACGCUGCCGAGCCCCAUGCUGCAGCAGUCGCCGCGGCAGCAGCCGCCGUCGCCACGGCACCUCUUACCUCUUUGCAACCGCAACCUCAGGAGCAGCAGAGCUCCAGCGGGGGUCUGGGCCUCGGACCCCUGCACCCCCUCCCACCAGUGUUCAGCUCCAGCCUUAGCACCACCACGCUGCCUCGCUUCCACCAGGCCUUCCAGUGAGAGAGCCAGGCCUCGGCCCCGCCAUCACAGCCCCGAUCUGGGGCUGUAGUUCUUUACGCGGCCAGGUGACAAAGUCAGAAAAUUAGAAUAAAUAAGUGAACACUUAGAAGCCUUAAAUGAAAGUGCACAAAAGCUUUUGAUUGAGCCUUACAAGAAAGUUAAACCCCUUUGAACAAAAAAAGGAAAAGGUAAAAAAGAAGUUGAAGCAGCUUUUAUUUGGGCUUUUUUUAAUCCCCCCCUUAUCCUAUAGUUAUAACAAUGUAUUAACCCAACCUUUUUAUUUCCAGUUACUUUUAUCCCCCUUCCAUCCCCUUAUUUAGUAGUAUAGAGGGCAGGAUCAGUAGGCCAAAAGGCGUGGUACUGCAUACUUUAAGUAAUAAUAUAAAAAAAAAAAAUCAAAGAUAAUUUUUUAGUGAAGAUUAUCUGUCUUGUUGUGACCCAGAAAAAAAAUAUAGUUUGAAGUGGAUAUUUUGUUUUACUUUAUUUUUCUUUUCCAAAUGUAAGAACAUGGUAGAAUGUGUCUCAUCUUGAGUUUUUGAACCACCAACUAUAAUAACCUAAACGUCACGAUCAGUAUGGAGAAACCCUCCUCUCUCUCGCCCCCAGCGAAGGAACGAAGAGAUAAAGACACUGAGUCAACGAUUGAGCCUUAACUCUAAAAAGCUCCUCUAGAUGACUAGAGACACAAAAGUCCCCCCUGCAAAUAAAAAAAAGUGCUCUUAAAGAUAUAGUUCAGAUUAUUUGAAGUUGGAUGGGGUACUUAUCCAUAGACAAUAUAUUACAUACAGUAGAUGUAGGCCGGCACAUCCCCAGUUUGGAGAAACAGGCAUGAGUCUGACAUGGAAGCUAAAAAAGGUACAGUUGUGGAGGGGGACAGCAAGAAAACAUAU